CAAGUUUGUAUCAUGACAAGAAGCAUGCAUGAAUGCACAAAAAUGUGGUUCCAAAUGUACACCACACUUUCACUUCCUCCCUCAUUGGAGCAUAAAACUGAAGAACAACUUUCACUUACAAUGAAAUAAAACCCUAUACAGCAGUGCUUAAAAACUGCAGAGACUCUGGAGACAGAACCACACAGAACCACCUCAGCUCAAUAUUCAGAGAUUCUUCAGUAGAAAAAAGAUGCUGUGUGAAGGUAAGCUGUGGAGUUUGGUGUAUGAAGCUGAACCCGAGUGUGUAAAUCCUCCUACAUGUGGCACAGUCGCAGUACCAUCAUUAUCUCCGCUGACUCAUUCCCUCUCAGCACAAACCCCGGUCCACUCACCUCUAGAAACGCACGCUAAUACGACCCAGACCAAGACCCAGCAGAGCGAUGCUCACCUUUCCUCUACCGCCCCUGUGGCAGGACGGCAACCUGCCUUAGGUGUGGAUAUCCCCAGGCAGGCAGACACCCCAGAAGCAGAGGCCUUUUUAGUGCCUUCGAGCUGCCACAGCAUCUGUCAGCAUUACAGCGAUUUACACAUUGCUGGUGGCCAGGUGCUGCCGCUCAGCCCUAGUGCAGGGGACGUACAGGGCAAUCACAUUCAGGACCCCCAACCUGGGCCCUUUCUUCUGUCUGGAGAUGUCCCCUCACCCUCCCUCCUGCCUCCUCUUGUCCACGAGUACAGGGGCUCGAGGCGCUGGAGAGAAGAAAGCGGGCGUGAACGUCCCUCUCUUCUGCAGUUCGGCCAGCCCCUCUCUAACUCACAGCUCAACGGAUACCUGGAACAGAAGCUUCUGGAGCUGUACAGGCAGCACCUGACCGAGGGACCCACAGCGACAGGGCCGGUCAUGGCCUCUGAGCUACUGCAGACCAGCCUGGACCAAAUGACCCUCCAGCUGAGCCGUGAACAGAACAUGGAGACGGCACGGGCCAAAGACAUGCUGCUCAGCUGCCUGUUGAGAGUCACCAGCAGUUAUCAAUCCAGCGAGAUCAGCACCCCUCUACUGCAGAUCUCCACUGAGUGAGUUUGAUAUGAGAGAAAAGAUGAAAUACGAGAGGAGGAAAGAAACGUUGUGGCAGUAAGACCAAGGAGAUGGACUUUCAUGUGUAACGUGUAACAAGUUUGAAGCACUAGCUUGAAACACGUUAAUCAGUGAUUCUGUAAAUUUUAAUGUAAUAGUAAUUCUAAAAAUGCAACUGUGCAAAAUAAAUAAAAUGUUUUAAUUAAAAUGCUGUUGAUUAUUCAAGGUGUCCACAGUCCUUAAGAGUCUGGAUGAAUAAAAUUUAAAAAAAGACAUGGACAUUUUUCUGCUGAAUAUAAAAUUAGCUCUAAAAUAUUUAAAAAUCCAGUCAUCACAAAUGUCUAAAAAAGUAAUGGAAAUUCAGUUCAACUGGUGUUGCAAAACUGGUGUUAUUGUCAUAACAGAUCUAAUAAGAGAUCAAAAAUCUGAA